CCUCCUCUCUUCUCCCUCCCACUCUCCCCUCUUCUCUUUUCCCUUGUCGUUGUUGUAUACCCCGUGUUGUUCUGCUCUUCCGCAUCCUUCUCGAGGAUUGCCUGUUAAAAGUUUUGUGGUUUUCUCUUCAUUGUUUGUGGUUUCUUUUUCUAUAUUCUCACAGGCUGCACGCCGGCCGGUGCGAAGCCUUGGAUCAACCCACAUUGAUCAUACGAUAUCAUGCCUCACCCUGAAUCCCCUACCCCAGCCAUGACCACCGUCGUCUCCAAGACCCCCUCCGGCAUCCCCCCCACCUCCGAGGAGAUCGCCUCCAUCGUCAACACCAUCUUCAACGCCGAGACCUCUCAGCAGUCGCUGGAUGCCGCCUACGCCCUCACCAACCUGCUCAUCCAGAGUGUCGGCUGCUCCGGUUUCCAGAAAUACAACAUCCUUCCCGAGAUCAAGAAGGCUGCCACCGAUAAGAAGAAUGGCGCUCGCCGUGAAAGUGCCAUGCUCAUCUUGGGCGCCCUCUUCGAGCGUUUCCCCCGUGAACACCCUCUGAGCGAAGUCGUCUUUCUCCUCCAGGACGGCGGCGUCCUGAACCUGGCCCUCGAUCUGCUGGCCGACAAGGGUGCCGUCGUGCGCGAUGCUGCUCAGUAUGCCAUCGACGCCCUGUUCGGCUGCCUCAAGGCCGAGGCCCUGGUCAAUGCCCUUCUCCCCGCCAUCACCGCCUAUCUCCACCAGAACACCGCCAAGUGGCAGGGUUUCGUCGGCGCCUACUCGCUCAUCGAGAAGAUGGCUAGCAAGGCCCAGAUGGGUACCGGCACCCUGGAGGAGGAGCGCGAGAAGGACGUCCUGCGCGAGGCCAUGGGCAAGACCCUGAAGGAUCUGAUCCCCCUGGUCGAGUCCGGCAUGCACGAUCUGAAGAACGAGGUCGCUAAGAAGUCCAUCAAGGCUAUGAACGCCAUCACCACCCUCCUGUCCAACGAUGAUGUGGCUCCCCGCAUUCCCCUGCUCAUCAAGACCAUGGAGCAGCCGUCCGAGCAGACCCUCCAGAAGGCCAUCCAUGCCCUUUCCCAGACCACCUUCGUCGCCAUCGUCACCUCCCCCGUCCUUGCGCUGCUGACUCCCCUGCUCGAGCGUUCGCUGAACGCCCCCACGACGCCCCAGGAGACGCUGCGCCAGACCGUCGUCGUCGUCGAGAACCUGACCAAGCUUGUCCACGACCCCGCCGAAGCCCGUACCUUCUUGCCCAAGCUCAAGCCCGGUGUGCAGCGCGUCAAGGACCGUGCCUCUCUGCCGGAAGUCCGUGAGCUGGCCACCCGUGCCUUGGACGUCAUCGAGAAGGCCAUGGCCGAUAAGGAUGUGGCCCAGGGUGUGAUUGUGAAGAUCACCCCCGAGGAGGUCAUGGUGGUGCUCGAUGCUAAGAUCCAGGAGCACGGCGGUCUCGCUCAUCCCGAGGAUGCCACCCUCUUUACCCUGGGCAAGAACUACAUUGCCGAGAUGGUCCGUGAGGACGUCAACUGCCGCAUGCACGACCGUAUCCCCGCCUGUGUCGCCCCGUACCUGCGCGGUCUGCUGCAGGAUGGCAAGCACGACGAGGUCGCCGCCGCCGUUCAAGAGCACUUCAUCGAAGAGGACCACCGCAAGUUCGGCAAGCCCAUUCCGGACGACCCCAACGAGGUGGAGAUUGUCAAUGCCAACUUCUCCCUGGCCUACGGUGGUAUGCUGCUGCUGUCGCACACCAACCUUCGCCUGCUGAAGGGACACCGUUACGGUCUGUGCGGUCGCAACGGUGCCGGUAAGUCGACGCUCAUGCGCAGUAUCGCCAACGAGAAGCUCGAGGGCUUCCCGCCGCAGAGCGAGGUCCGGACCUGCUUUGUCGAGCACAACCAGGGCGAGGAUGCCGACCUGAGCAUCUUCGAGUAUGUCCAGAAGGACCCCCUCAUCGCCAAGGAGGGCGAGGAGCACAUUCGCAGCGUGUUGCUUGAGUUCGGCUUCACCGACGGCCCCGAGGGCCGUCAGAACCAGCGCGUGGGAUCCCUGUCUGGUGGGUGGAAGAUGAAGCUGGCUCUGGCCCGUGCGAUGCUCCAGAAGGCGGAUGUUCUCUUGCUGGACGAACCGACUAACCACCUGGAUGUGGCCAACGUCAAGUGGCUUCAGGAGUACCUGAAGAAACACACCGAUAUCACCAGUCUGAUCGUCUCUCACGACUCCGGUUUCCUCGACGAGGUCUGCACGGACAUCUACCACUACGAACAGAAGAAGCUGGUCUGCUACAAGGGUAACCUGGCCGAUUUCGUCAAGGUCAAGCCCGAGGCCAAGAGUUACUACACCCUGUCGGCGAGUAUCGUGCAGUUCAAGUUCCCUGCCCCCGGUAUCCUCUCUGGUAUCAAGUCCAACACCCGCUCGAUCCUCCGGAUGACCAACUGCUCCUACACCUACCCCGGAGCCAGCAAGCCGUCUCUCUCCGAGGCCUCCCUGUCGCUGACGCUGUCGUCCCGUGUUGCCAUCAUCGGAGGCAACGGUGCCGGUAAAUCGACCUUCAUCAAGAUGCUCACGGGCGAGACCAUUCCUCAGACCGGUAAGGUGGAGAAGCACCCCAACCUGCGUAUCGGAUACAUCAAGCAGCACGCCCUGGAGCACGUCGAGAUGCACUUGGAGAAGACUCCCAGCCAGUACCUGCAGUGGCGUUACGCCAACGGUGACGACCGUGAGGUGCACAUGAAGCAGACCCGUAUCCUUACCGAGGAGGACAAGGCUCAGCUGGAGAAGCCAGUGGACCUGGGUGAUGGCCGUGGACCCCGCCGGAUUGAGGCGCUCAUUGGUCGUCAGAAGUGGAAGAAGUCGUUCCAGUACGAGGUUAAAUGGAUUGGUCUGUUGCCCAAGCACAACACCAUGAUCUCUCGUGAGACCCUGCUCAACCUCGGUUUCUUCAAGCUGAUCCAGGAGUUCGACGACCACGAGGCGUCCCGCGAGGGUCUCGGCUUCCGUGUCCUGGACCCCAAGGUCAUCUCGAAGCACUUCGAGGACGUCGGCCUGGACCCCGAGAUCGCCAACCACAACGAGAUCUCGGGUCUGUCCGGUGGACAGAAGGUCAAGGUCGUGCUGGCGGGAGCCAUGUGGAACAACCCCCACUUGCUCGUCCUGGACGAGCCGACCAACUUCUUGGACCGUGACUCGCUGGGCGGCUUGGCCGUGGCCAUCCGGGACUUCAAGGGUGGUGUGGUGAUGAUUUCCCACAACGAGGAGUUUGUGGGCGCGCUCUGCCCGGAGCAGCUGCACGUGGCUGACGGUCGCAUUGUGUCGCGCACCAACAACGCCGUCGCGCUCGACCGGUUCGAGGACAGCGCCGCCAGCUCGCCCCAGCCGGGCAGCACCGCCGUCAACUCGACGGUGACGAGUGCGGCCGCGUCGGCGGUCAACUCGGGCGCCGAGGAGCAGGGCGAGCUGAAGUUCAAGGCCCGCAAGAAGAAGAAGCUGACGCGCGCUCAGUUGAAGGAGCGCGAGGCGCGCCGGCGCCUGCGUCACCUGGAAUGGCUGCAGUCGCCCAAGGGCACGCCCAAGCCGGUGGACACGGAUGACGAAGAGUAAUUGUUCUGGUUUAUGAUUUGCUUGCAUCGACAGCGGUGUGAUUUAGACCUUUUUUUCCUUUGAUAGACGGUUGGCUGGUUGCUUUGCUUAAUGAGGCUUGAUGAGUAUAUAGAUGUAGACUUUUGAUUGCUGAAUGAACAUGCUUAUGGCUGU